AUGUCGUCUCACCUCCGCCUCUUGAGGACUCUCCGCACACUCAAGACACGAAAGAGUACCGCAACAAUGUCUUCCCAUUUCUUCUCUCCCUCCCACACAUCCCGACACAUCGCCCUACCACGACCGCGCUUCUACUCCUCGGGCGGCUACGGUGGCUACCAAUCUCAAGUAUCCAUGAACGAGGCUGUCCUAUAUGGACUCAUGGGGACCAACAUCGCCGUCUUCGGGUACGCAUAUUACCUCAAGGAGCAAGCCAGGCAGGGCUUCCCAGCGCCCUUUGUGAAUUUCAUGAACAGAAUGUCGUUGAACCUCACCACAUUUCAGCAGGGCAACUACUUCUCCAUGAUCACUGCGAUUUUUACGCAUGUGGACAUUGGGCAUAUAUUCUCGAAUAUGUUUACCGUUUACUUCCUGGGUUCAUUCUUGGCUUCGGCGCCUAUCAUAACGCCGCUCCGCUACCUGACUAUUGCUCUUGGCUCUGGGCUUGCGGGAUCCGUGGGCUACCUGUUCAACCGGUAUUAUCAAUUGCAGGCCCAAGGUCCUGGUGCCAGAGACUACACGCGUGGCAUUGGUUUCUCUGGAGCCGUCAUGGGCAUCAGCAGUGUGGCUGCGUGUCUAGCGCCGCAUUCUAAAGUGCUAAUCUAUGGUAUCGUGCCAAUGCCGCUUUGGGCUUUAGUUACGGGUUACGCGUUCUACGAUGGCUACUAUGUCAACAGCACGAAUUCCCGCGUCGGUCAUGCGGGGCAUCUGGGAGGAUUAGCGUUUGGACUUGUGUAUUACUUCGCUAGGCUCAGGGGUUUGAAGUUCUGA